AUGCAGGAAUUCAUGCGCUCCCCGAAGGAGUCGGUCGCAUUUGAUAGCAUUAUUGAGUUGAAGAACAAGAUCACAAGAGUUUUCGGCGAAGAUCCAAGAAAGAUGCUAGCCAACGCCAACUUCAGCCGAGAUUUUAUCAAAUCUUACGAAAAUCCGGGAAAAGAAAUUUCAAAUCUGAUUUCUUCGCACCGCAAGGCUCAACUGUUAGAAAACAGAAGAAGAUUGUAUCCGAUUAUUGAGACAAUUAUUCUUUGCGGGCUUCAGAAUUUUCCAAUAAGAGGGCAUAGAGACGAUGGUAAACUUGUUUCUGAAUCUACGACUAACGAAGGGAACUUUCGGGCUCUAUUGAAAUUUCGAGUUGCUUCUGGUGAUAAUGACUUGGCAAAUCAUUUACAAACUACUUCAUCGAAAGCAACAUAUAUUAGCAAAACAACGCAAAACGAGUUAAUUGAUUGUUGCAAAGAAGAAAUUCAAGAAAGUUUGAUAGAGAGAGUAAAAAAUGCCAAAGUUUAUGCGAUUGGGUUUGACGAAACAACAGAAUCGGGUCAUAUUGAACAACUUAGUCUUAGUUUGCGCUACAUUUAUAAGGGAAAAAUUAGAGAAGAUUUCAUAACAUUUGUCGAUGAUUACGUUUCGAUUCGCGAGGAAGAUAUUGAGAAUCAAGAAAAACGGUUAUCUGGUGUAGCAUUAGCUCACAUUGUGAUAGAUAUUAUAAAAAAAUUCGGGCUUACUUUAGAAGAUUGCGUUGGGAUUGCGACAGAUGGAUGUUCUGUUAUGACAUCAUCAUUAAAAGGAGCAGUUCAAGAAAUAAUUAAGAUUUGUCUAAAUGCUAGGUAUUGUCCAUGUUUUAACCACUCACUUAAUAAUUCCCUAGCAAAAACUUCAAAAGUGCCCCAAACAAGAGAUUGUAUCGCAACAAUGAAAAAUAUUAUAAGGUUUGCAAAUGCUUCACCGAAACGAAAUAAAGUUUUUACAAAUCACCUAGGUGAAUCAUUAAGUGGAUUGUGUGAAACACGAUGGGCAGAAAAACACGAUGGCAUAAUACAGUUUGAAAACCAUGUAACACGAAUGGUAACAGCUCUGGAAGAAAUUUCCAAAUGGCAAGAUCCGAAAACAACUUCAGAUGCUCGUUCUUUGAUAAGGUCAAUAUGUUAUACUGAGUUUAUCGUUUCCAUGAUUUCUUUGAGCGAUGUGCUUUCCGUAACUCGACCUCUAAGCUUACUUUUGCAAGCUCCAUCAAUAGAUUUAAAUCAAGCUACAGAAGCAUUAAAAAAUACUUUGAAUGUUCUAAUAAAUUUUCGAAAUAAUGCCGAAUCUCAUUUUUCUGAACUUUUUACAAAAAUAUUGAGUAUGGCCGAACAAUUAAAAUUUGACAUUGAUAUUCCUAGACUUGCGAAAAAACAAAUAUACCGCGAAAACCACCCUGCGUCUAGUGCUAAAGAGUAUUAUCGUAGGACAAUUUUUGUUUCAUUACUGGAUCACAUUGUACUAGAUCUCCAAGAAAGAUUGCCAAAAGAAACAUUGGAAGUAUUCGAUUUAAAUUUACUACUUCAAUCAAAAAUUAUAAAAAAUCAUAAUCAGGAAAAAAAAGAUAAUGCUUUAAAGCUAGUAAUAUCUCUUGGAGAACGAUACAAAUGUUUCUUAGGAAAAAGCACAGUGAAUCUUAAAGGAGAGUACGAGCCACUCUUCCAAUUAGUAACGCUACUUGCGAAAGAAGCUUUUCAACUCUUCGCCGUUUGA